CAAGAGGUAGUAGAAGAAGGAGACUUGACUCCGCUGCUUAGCAACAAACAUUAGCCAGCUAGCCUAGUAGCCUGUUGCUUGCCUUUAGCUACUCUCAUGCGCAACGUAGGUAGGCUUGCGGAUAGAUAGCAAUGCUUUUUCAUCCCGUUCAUGUCACUUAUUCAACUCAGUUGUCGAUGUUAAUUAAAGUUUAACUGUUGCUUUGAAGCGUAGAACAUUCGGUCUGUGUAGUCUUUAGCUAUAUAUCAUUGACGGGCGGAGGAGAAGGCUCUUUUCACUGGGAAAAGUGGCUAACAUUAGCUAGGAAGCCCUUAGCAGCGGAGUCACUAGCGUCUCCUAUUGCCACAGAGGGAGGCUGGAGAUAUGUGAUUGUGGUUCAGCCGGCUGAUGAGCUCAUCUAAUGUUUGCAGACACUGGAUGAGUUGAAACGUGAUUUUACAGGCGGUAUAUGUGUUGGUGUCACAUCACUAAAUCUACCCAGGCAGAGUGGAACUGAGUGAGCCGGCCAGACAUCGCCACCAUGUUGGAGGAGGACAUGGAAGUGGCCAUCAAGGUGGUGGUGGUCGGCAACGGAGCUGUCGGCAAGUCCAGCAUGAUCCAACGCUACUGCAAAGGCAUCUUCACUAAGGACUACAAAAAGACCAUCGGGGUGGACUUCCUGGAAAGGCAGAUACUUGUGAAUGACGAAGAGGUCAGACUUAUGCUGUGGGACACGGCCGGGCAGGAAGAGUUUGACGCCAUUACUAAGGCCUACUACAGAGGUGCCCAAGCAUGUGUGCUGGUGUUCUCGACCACAGACAGAGAGUCGUUUCAGGCUAUCGACAGCUGGAGGGAGAAGGUGGAAGCCGAGGUGGGAGAUAUCCCCACAGUCCUAGUGCAGAACAAAAUAGACCUCCUGGAAGACACCGUUGUAAAAAACGAGGAGGCAGAAGGUUUGGCUAAAAGGCUCAAGCUGAGAUUCUAUCGAGCUUCAGUAAAAGAGGACCUUAAUGUCAACGAGGUUUUUAAGUACUUAGCUGAUAAGUACCUUCAGCGGCUCAAACAGCAAACGGCAGAGGAGACAGAGGUGCUCCAUACAACCAGCAAUAAAAUAGGUGUUUUUAAUACCACGAGUAGUAAUGUCUGCAACCAGAGCUCCAGCAACGGCAGAGAAGUCAUCUCCUUACGACCUAACAAACAAAGGACCAAGAAGAGUAAAAAUCCUUUUGGAAGCUGCAGCCUAAUUUAGAUAAAACAUAUUUGAGUUUUAGUUACUGACUAUUGUUUCUAAGACUAAAUUGGUCAUUGUUGUAUUCUGUGGAGGUAGCCACAUUUAGAGACCAAAGCCCAAACAGACUGGGAAAUACUCCUCUAUACUACUUUAAUAACCUGAUGAUUCUUCUGUACCCUAAGUUGUUCCCCUACAUUGAUGGUUACAUUUCCUUUGAUUCCGCCUUGGAUCUCCACCAAUGACCUGCGCACAAAAUAUUUUCCUUGUGGUUGCCUUAAGUAACAGCAACAGCUGCAGCUACACUACAGUACUGUAUGUAGUUUAUACAUCACAUGACAUACAAUCCUCUCGUCAAAACAGCAAACGUUGCACUCUGUGAAAACUCUGUAUGACUUUUAAACUCACCCAUCCCGUGUUUGACAUAUAGUCUGUUUGCAUGUAUUGUAAAAGAUUCACAGAUCAUUUUAAACCAUAUUUUUGGUUUAAACUAUUCUGUUUAUUGUGGACAAAACACGAUCCAGUUAUUCUCUGUGCAGAAGUAUUUUUGUACGAAUCACUAGUGUUGAGUGAUAUUUUCACUGAAGUGUUGACAUAGUGCCAAAUUCCCUCUUUCCGAGCUGUAGAUAAAUAUGAACACUGCAGUGACAUGGAUGUAUCAUACAAUAAUAGAAUGUGCUUUUACGUAUAACCAAAUAUGAAACACUAACUGGUCUUAUCUAUGUCUGCUUACAGCUUGUUUGAGGGUUUGUUAAUCAACACUUUCACAGAUGUAAAACGCGAGUCGCAGUUAUAGCGAUGCGUUUUUGAUUGCAGUUGUUUACAUAUUUAAUUGGGCUUUUUCUUUAACUUUGGUACAGCUUUGAAUUACACGUGGUAAGUCGCAGACUAAAAACUAUUAUUUAGACGACACAGCUCUAUUUUUAUUAUUUCAAACACUAUAUUUUUAACAUUUCAAUCACUAAGCAUGGUUUAAUUUCUUGUUUUUGAUUCAAUGGUUUGGCUUCUGCAGUAUGUAAUCAAUUUAUUUUGUAAAUGUCGAUAUCAGUAGUGUCGGUACGAAAAGCCGAUCUUCAGGAUGGGAUCUUUUGCUUGGGUGUGCUUGAAUAUGCAAGAAAAUUCCGUUUUUUCUCAAUACACAAGGGUACUUAAAAGAUCUCUAAACUAAUUCCCAGACCUCAAAACAGCUAGCUGAGAACUCUAUGAUACUGCCUUGUCUGCAUCAGGUUUUCCUAAAGCUCAUUAUCUGAAAGACGUCAGCUUCCUAAGCACAAAAAGAAUGUGGUGAUGUGGAAAAGGCCACUAACAGACAAUUUGAACAUUUGCAUAUGAAUUAUUUGAAUGUUUUACAUGCAAUUGGACAACUGGGAGUAAACAUGCUCGAUUUACAGAUCUCUGAUUAUUGCUAUAAGCUUUUCCCA